AUGGUGCUCAGGAGCGCAUAUUGGAAUCCGCAAUUAUACUAUCUGCAUUCCAAUGGGCAAUUUGAAAAAGUUCCUAACGGAGGUAUGGCCGUAUACUACCUUGGAGGAGGCAAGAACGCAGCUGGCAGCAAUCUGGCAGCCCCAUUCCCAAAGGGGCUCAAAUUUCUCUCUAGUAAUAACAACGCCAGAUCCUACGAUGCCAGUACAAUGGCCUACGGCAAUGCCAUGUAUCCAGAUAUCCCUAUUGCAAACCGAGUCACAUUCGCAUGCGUUGACUAUAACAAUCCAAGGCCAGAGACUCAUUACAUGUCGGAUACCAACUGUCCCAAUGGCAUCGAGCGCAGAUUACCUUCUAAUCCUGCUGGGAUGGUGUUAAUUUCCUCUUGA